AUGAACUGGAAUUCAGUGAACUCUGCUCUAUUAUUCACCACAAACUCUGAGUAUGGGAUAUUUAUGGCUAUAUCGGUGCCCAUAGGCCUGCCGCAUCGGAAUGUCUUUCUGUCGUACAAUUACGAGUUCAAUUACUAUCAGCCAGAGCAUGUCUACAAGUAUCCGCCCAUUCUGAUGGGCGACUAUGAAGACUCGUAUCUGACAUAUCCCACCUCGGGACGUGGGGACAGCGGCAGGCAUUGCCAGAACUGCACUGAACGGGAGAGGGAUCAGAAGGGCGACACCAACAGGAACAGCAGCAGCAACUCAACAACGGAAUCGCAAUCAAAGUCGCGCGGAAAACGUUCCCUGUCGUUGAUGAAUCGCUCCAUAUUCUACUCAAUGCUCAGUGACAAACUAAAAAGAUCUGGUUACCCUGCCGAGGCCUGUCUGCUGCGUUUGAUAUGCGAGACGAAUGCCUCGCAGUUGGGCGAAGUCAAUGGCUUCUUGGGCAGCCUCAUCCACAUUAUAUUCACUCCCAGCAGCUCCAAGGAUGAGCAUCUUCCCGAUGAGUUCUACCAAGCCGAGUGGGAUGGUCGCCAUCAUCGGGAAUGCAGCGGCUACAUCGCCAAUUGUGAGGCGAAUAUCUUGGAUCUGAUCUCAGUGCCCGUGGAGCAGGCUCUGAGCGACAUUGUAAGUGGGCGUAGAACAAAAUAA